AUGCAUCAGACGAAGCCCGAGUCUUCUCCUGCGGCUUGUUCGCAACACCGUCACAUCGACACAAGCGAGUGGCCUGGGUAUCCAGUCCCCACUAUCAUCAGCGCUAUCUGUCGUAAAUACCUCCACGGAAACAUUGGCGAUGGUGUACUUCGACUGAUCGAUUCCUGUCUGGUUACACCGUUCGAUUCACUCACCUUACUGAAGGCGUACUAUCGCUCGGGUGGCAGUCUGCGUUUGCUUCAAUACUUGGCCGUCCGAGAGUUAAAAGUCGAGAAUCCGUCUCGCCAUGACUGGGAAGUCAAUGCUGUAACGGGUCAGAUGGCAGCACGUGGCGAUCUGCAUAGUCUGAAAUGGAUCAUCAAGAACUACGUACAAGGCGAGUUCAAGUUGAAACUCGUUGUCUAUCAUGCCUCUGCUAAUGGACAAAUGAGCAUUAUACAGUGGUUCUGGGAGAACCACCGCGGCAUGGGAUGUUGGGGUGACAGCGAGUUGUGCCAAGCGAUCAGGAGUCGGCAUGUAAUGCUGAUAGAGUGGCUCAAAAGUCGCGUAGCAGUUCGGUUUGAGCAUACCGGGUACAUGGCCCAUGAAGCAGCAGCGUUUGGUAGCUUGGAGAUUAUUGAGUGGCUGCACGAGCGCUUUGACAUUGUUCUUGUCGAUGCAUUGAAGACAGCGGCAGUCCACAACGAGUGGACUGUUGUACAAUGGAUUAUAGACCAUGGGAACCGUGCUGAUCUGGAUGCUGCACUGCGUUUCAAUUGUCUCUAUACAAGUGCAGCAAGGUUCGGCAACUUGGACAUGCUUCAGCUUCUCUUUGACCGUAGCCUUCCGCAAGACCCUGUAUUCGUCCUUGAAAGUGCCAUUCUAGGAGGUCACUUGCACAUUGUCAAGUGGCUGCACGAAGAGAAGGGGAUCACAAACGCAGUUGCUGGAUACAUUGACGCUGCCCGAAAGGGUCAGCUGGACAUGUUAAGGUACUUGUUCGAGAAAGGAGUCAUCGCCACCCCGUACCUGUUUCCGAUCAAUGCUGCAGCUGAAGCCGGUCGGCUUGAAGUUGUGCAGUGGCUCCACUCGCACACCACGACUAAGUGCACGGAACGCGCUAUGGACGCAGCUGCGGGUCAGGGACACCUGCAUAUCGUCCAGUGGCUCCACGAAAACCGCACAGAAGGAUGUACCCGCCGUGCAAUGGACCGUGCUGCUUCUAACGGCCACCUCGAUGUUGUCAAGUGGCUCUACGAAAACCGGACAGAAGGAUGUAGCCGCAGGACAAUCGAUGAUGCCGGAUGGUUUGGAUAUUCGGGCGCACUUGCGUGGCUUUUCGAGAACUGA